AGAGAGAGAGACCGAGACAGACGGGGCGAGAGAGAGACAGGCAGGCAGGCGGGCAGCCGGGCAGCCGGGUGGGAGGGUUCCUGGCUCAGGGCUCCAGAUGGGGAACAGUGCGCUGAAGUCUCACCUGGAGACCUCCCAGAAGACCGGCGUGUUCCAGCUGACAGAAAAGGGGCUGCCGGAGUUCCCCGAGGAGCUGCAGAGGCUCACCGGCAAUCUGCGGACGGCCGACCUGUCCGCCAACAGGAUCGAGGUCCUCCCCGCCAACAUCGGGAACUUCCUGCAGCUCAGGAGUCUGACGCUCAACUCCAACCGACUGGCUGGUCUCCCCAGUGAGAUCGGGAAGCUGAAGAAGCUGGAGACUCUGAGUCUGAACGGGAACCGGAUCCAGCAGCUGCCCCCCAGUCUGGGCCAGCUCAGAGCUCUGAGGACCCUCAACCUGUCUGGGAACCAGUUCUCAGAGUUCCCCCCCGGACUGGGAACCCUGAGGCACCUGGACCUGCUGGACCUGUCCCGCAACAAAAUCCGCAACGUCCCCUCAGCCUUGUCCGAGCUGCAGACCAUCGAGAUCAACCUGAACCAGAACCAGAUCUCGGUGCUGUCUCCGGACGUGGCCCUGUGCCCCCGUCUGAAGGUCCUCCGUCUGGAGGAGAACUGCCUGGAGCUGUCCUCCAUCCCCCCGUCCAUCCUGGGGGACUCGCAGGUGUCCCUGCUCUCAGUGGAGGGAAACCUGUUCGAGGUCAAGGACCUCAGAGACCUGGAGGGCUACGACAAGUACAUGGAGCGUUUCACGGCCAACAAGAAGAAGUUCACCUGAAAACCUUCAGCAGUGAAUCUUAGAGUCUAGACCGUGGAGAGUCACCGGGGCAGAGGGGGUGGGGCCAGUCGAGACUCCGCCCACCACUGCAGCUUCUAUACAGAACCCCCCCUGCUGUUUCCUGAGUCGUAAUCAGACAGAUGACAUGAGGGAACCCAUUUAACACCACAGAAGAAGAACAACAGCAGCUGUGGUGGUGGUGAACCUUCAGAAUGUUUACAGGACUCGGAGACUCAGGGACUCAGGGACUCAUGGACUCAGAGACUCAUGGACUCAGAAUGAGUUCACAACUCUUAACUCAUUGUUCGACCUUUAGCUGUAAGGUGAACCCUCUGAAGGACGUGAACUGAGUUGAUAGAGAAGAAGAGUUGAAGAUGUUGACUGGAUGAACCUGAUUCCCAGAAUGCUCUUUGGUUUUAUUCAUCAGAGAAUAACUAAUUAAACUAUAAUAAAUACAUAUUUCAGCAUCUCUACAAAAGUAUUGUACAAUAGUCACCGCAAGUUAAUAUAAACAUUAUUGUUGGGUCAGUUUUGAUUAUUGAUCCUCUAACAUCCUCGUCAUCAUCUUCAUCCUCUAUACACACGAAGAACUGACUUCAUUUCAUGUUUUAUUAAACAUUUCUUGUGUUUUCUGAUUUAAUAUUUAUUGAAAUGAAUCAGCAGGUCUCAACCAAUAAAGUAAAUAAAGAAUAAAUAUGA